AUGUCUGAACAGUUUUCCAACAAGGACAUAAUUCGUUUCUCCUCUGGAGUUACAGGAUACCGCAUUGUCCGAUUGUCAAUAGAGCUCUUUCUGGUUAACCGCACCAGUGAGCUGGAAUUGGCUGUCAGUCAGGCAGGACUUGUGUAUCUUCUCUACAGUCUGGCAAAUAUCCUGACUGGAGUCGCCCUCUUCCAAUUUCCCAAGGCCAUCUUUGCUGGGGCUUCCACCAAACACGGAGCCUUCAUGUUUCCCCUACUCUCAGCAGGAUCCAUGUCUGGAGGACUUCUUGGCUUGUUCCUAGCAGAAUCUUUCCAGACAAUGGUGAUUGCCUCAAUUUUUAGUGGUUUUGGAUCUGCCGCUUGGUUUAUUUACUAUCAAACUCUCACAAACUUGGCAUUCUCCGAGUCUCAGCUGGGAACAGUUGCUCAGAUGAGACAAGGAUAUGAGUGCUUGGGUUUUCUCCUGCCCAGCAUUUGUCUUGCCAUUAUGGACUCAUUACCCGUGUCUGGUUCUUCUUCCUCCCCUGGCCUUGAGGACAAUGCAAUGAACAUGUCGAUAGUUCAACGGUCUGCAGUUGUCCUUGGUGUUCUUGCGGCUAUCUUCCAUCUCUUUAGUUUCCCGGUCAUGUCCUCAUCUGCAGUGCUUCUGGUAGCCAGCGGCUCCGCUGCAGAAGAUGAAGACCUAAAGGAUGACAUUGAACAGCAAAGGCCAAUUCGGGAAUCCAUUUGGGGUGCACUGCAGCAGUUUUUUGGUACUUCUGUCCGGCAAUACUUUGUGCUACUGUCAAUUCUUGUGGCUUUCUCGGCCAUACUGUUGGGAACAACCUCACUAACCACAGAAGUCAUCUUUGGUCUUGAGCCCACCUUUCUAUGGAUUGCUGCUAUCGGAUUUCCUCUUGGUGGCAUCAUCUCAGUUGGUUCAGGGGUUCUUUUUGGAAGCUGGGUCCAACGAGAUCCAAUGUCAACAGUACAAGGCGGAACAACUGGGCUACUUGUUACCCUUGCCUUGGUCGUCAUUAUCCACCCCCUUGUAUCUGUGGAGUUGAGUGUCCCAUCUGCCAAGUUCUUUCUUUUCAUUUUUGGAUUGACUAUUGGGAUCAUAUACAGUGGAACCUACGUGGCAGCAGUUGAGCUUUGGUACUUGAGGCUCAAGGACUGCGACGUUUCCUUUGUAUCAAGGGCAUCUGCUUUGAAUGAUCUGGGUUUUCAAGCAGUCAUUGCUGGUGUCUUUCAGCUCCAAACAAUUCUCAUUGAAGAGACUGUAACCAAAGGAGACACAUCCAGGCUGGUGGAAGGACUUGUCUUCUUUGGUCCAUUGGUUGCAUUGUUGCUCAUGGCAUACCUAGUGGCAAGUUCUCUUCCUUGUCCCAAGGAUCCCAUCUUUGGAUGGCCCAUCAAAGAUCCUUUUGGGGGUCGACGUAACAGAAUCCUUAUGGCAGCAGUGGACAAGUUGGGGAUUUGCCCCAUUGCGAGCAGUUCCUUUGCCUGCUUUUCUGACUACCGUACCUCCAUGUUUGCGGAGGGGCACCUCUCCAGCCCCACUACCCAGGUCCAAAGGGGUCCACCUGUGGAUCCUUCUGCCACGUUGUCUCCAGAAUGUCUUCAACAGCAAUUGCAAAAGUAUGAUGCAGAAUACAGCACUACAAGUCAGGACACUUGGCACAGAAGCCAAGCAAAUGUUUCCAAUUUCACCACUGGAAACAAAGCCAAUCUGGAGGAACGGUUGCGGCAGAUUGACAGUGCCCGUUCGGAGAUAUGGAUCACAACAUGGACAUUUGAGGAUUCCACAAGUGGCAAUCUCUUGUCAGAUGCUCUUAUCACAAAAGUCCAAGCUGGUGUGGAUGUGAGGGUUAUUGUAGAUGGCUGCAACCUUGUAUAUCUCUAUCACAAGGAGAAACUGACUCGUACAACCCAAGAGACAAAAGUUCUGCACAAGCUAGUGAAUGGUGGUGUUGAAGUGAGAAUGCUUGAUACCUGGUUUGAGGAUAAACAACCAUCUUACGUCUGUGGAACACACCGCAAGAUGAUGCUGGUCGAUGGCACAUUUCUCCUUACUGGGGGGCGCAACAUUAGUGAUGAGUACCUGAUGACUGAUACCUUCCACUUCAAAGACCUCGAUGUGACCCUCCAAUCCAGCAGCUUUGUGGACAGUACACGACACUUGUAUGAGACUCUUUGGGGCAAGUCCAGAGGCAUCCAUCACUUGACCCGUGGCAUUGAUGCCUCCAGCAAAGAUACAAAGUUGAUGGGCGAUGAAGCUGGUUUUGAAACACCAACAAUGAUGAUGGCAACUGAUUCAUCCACGAUGUAUUCGGGCGCCAUGGCUGUUGAUAGCCAAGUCAUCAACCCAAUGAAGGAAAGGCAACAGGACUCACCUCUUGAUCCGGCAUCUUCGAUCAACAUAGACUGUGAGGUUUCUUUGUUCCAGCUGGACCACAAAGCAGGGAAUCCUGAGGGCCAGGACAUCAUAUUCUCCACAUUACUCUUUUUGAUUGAGACAGCUGAGGAGAGUAUUGAGUUAUUCUUUGGCUACUUUCAGCUCCUCCCUGGUCUAGAAGAGGCCAUUGCAGGUGCCAUUGCCCGAGGAGUCAAGGUCCGUCUCAUUACCAACUCAGAAGAGACAAAUGAUCUGUCUUUUGAAAACCAGAUUUUUUGUCACGCAUUGAGGCGUGCGCUGGAACUUGGUGUAGAAGUGUACUUGCCGGCAAAGAAGAAUGAUGGCUCAGUCAAUUACUGCCUCCAUUACAAGAUGGCAAUGAUUGAUGCCAAGGCAGUUCUGCUGGGGUCCUGGAAUUGCCUGGGAUUUUCUACCUUCCAUGAUGAUGAGUUUUCUGUUAUGAUGUUUGACCAACAAGAGAUGAAGAAUACUGAUGGAGGAGAGGGUAGAGCUUUGGGAAGUGCCCUGUUGGAGCACUUUCUGGAAUCCAUUACAGAAGGAGAUCUGGUUCGUGUUGAAUCAAUACCAGAGGACAGUUGUGUGGUUCCUUUCCACUUUAGAGCAUUCGCAACAAAGAAUGCUGCUCGUCAAAUGCAAAGGGGUUUCUAA